UGUGUCAUAUGGCCACGUGGCCGAAGAGCACAAUGGCGAAAUUAACAACAUUGAUCGUGCUCUGCAUCAUCGCCUUCCUCUACUUCACAUCCAAAACGACCGAAGCAUCCAAAGGACCAAAAGUGACCAAAAAGGUCUUUUUCGAUAUUUCUAUUGGCGGGGAGCCGGUAGGUAAGGUCGUUAUCGGUCUAUUUGGGAAGACAGUCCCAAAGACGGCUGAAAACUUUGCUGCACUCGCAAGCGGAGAGAAGGGGUUUGGCUACAAGGGAAGCGCUUUUCAUCGCGUAAUUAAAGGAUUCAUGAUUCAAGGUGGAGACUUUACUAAAGGCGACGGAACUGGAGGUAAGAGUAUUUAUGGUGAUAAAUUCGCUGACGAGAACUUCAAAUUGGAGCACUAUGGAGCCGGUUGGGUGAGCAUGGCCAAUGCUGGAAAAGAUACAAAUGGUUCUCAGUUCUUUAUCACAACUGAAAAGACGACAUGGCUAAAUGGUAGACACGUUGUGUUUGGCAAAGUUCUUGAAGGAAUGAAAUUUGUACGUCAAGUCGAAAAUACGAAGACUGACGGACGUGAUAAGCCAGUGCAAGAAUGUAAGAUUGUUGAUAGUGGAGUGAUUGAAGUGGAGGAACCUUUCUCUGUGACUAAAGAGCCGUCUGAGGAAUAGAGAAACCGUCGCUCUUUAAGACACAAUUGUCUCAACGUGUUAGUGCAUGCGUGUGUGUUGGCAUUUGGUUGUGUUGUUUAGUGUGAACAUUCUGAUUGUGGAACAGAGAUGAGCAGUGUGAAUGAAAUUAUGUUCAAGUGUA